CAGAAGGGAUCAAAACACUUCGCGAUAGACUCUGGCCUUACUUAUGUGGAUAAAGAGUAUUAGUUAUAUUCUGGUAGUAUAGCUUGAGCUAUACUCCAGAAAAUAACUAAUAUUCUUUAUAAUUAUCUAAUCCCUACAUAAAUAUCAAUUCUAAGCCUUUGCUUUUACCUGUUUACUUUGAGCGACUUCUCGACUCGAGUGGCUAAUUCUCAAAUCGUAUGAAGUUUUCACUUCUUGGUUAAACUCGUUAAAUUCAAAGUAUAAAGAUUUUGUGAUUGGUCUUAAACGUGGUGCAGCAAAUCUCUAAUUCAAAACGACAUUCAAAGUUGUUCAAGCUGAAAAAGUGUUUAAUUCGCCAGAGUGAAAGGAUCAAUUAGCCGCUUCUAAUUUCUGUUCGUUUGAUCAAAUUAUAUGCAACACAUUACUCUGCUCUCAGAAAAUACGAAAUACGAAACAGUUUUGAGUGGUUUAUUCCUGACAGCAGCCGAAGUUUAGUUAUUAUACUGCAAGUCCUGGAACAAGAUGCGAACUAGAGUUUGUGUGAUCGGAGCGGGGCCUGCUGGAGUUACCACUCUGCGGGCCCUGCAGAGUCUGGAACCUGCAGUCACAGUCUCUGAGUCGGAAGGGUACGAAGUGGUUUGCUUCGAGAGAUACGAUACAAUCGGAGGUAUCUGGAACUUCAAGGGGGAAGAGGGAAUCGAGAAAGACGAAAUCGAAACGCACUCGCCGAUGUAUGAAGGCCUCAGAACGAACAAUCCCAAAGAAGUGAUGGAGCUUCCUGAGCUCCCGAUGUCUUUGAAACAAGAUGACCCCAAAAUCGGAAGUACCAGUUAUCCCUAUCGAAGUUACAUGCUUGAGUACCUUGAAGAGUUCGCCCGCAAGUUCGGCAUUGAAAAGUAUAUCAAAUUCAACAGUUGGAUUCAAAAUGUGACAUUUGACGAAAGCGUGAAAAAAUUCAAUGUCAGCGUGAAAGACCUGAAAACGAAACAGGAGAGAGAAGAGGUGUUUGAUUACGUAAUAGUAGCGACAGGUCACUUCAGUUGCCCGAAUUACGUAACAUACCCUGGCCAAGAAACGUUCAAGGGAACGGUAGUUCACUCAAAACAAUUUGUCGAUGAGGCUAGAUACAAAGGCAAACGAGUUCUGGUAGUGGGCUCUUCUUUCUCUGCCGAAGACAUAGCCAUGCACUGUCAGGCAGCAGGGGCCAAGUAUGUGACCAUAUCGUACAGGAGUCAAGCACAGCCCCUCGCCUACCCGGAGGGCAUAGAUGUCAGACCCAUUCUGCAGCUGAUAGACGGAAACACUAUCAGCUUCAAAGACGGCUCCAAGCAGGAUUAUGACGCAAUAAUCUACUGCACUGGCUACCUGCACAAAUUUCCAUAUAUAGAAGAAAAUCUGCAGCUGAAGACUCCAAACAGACUGGCUGUGCCUCUUUACAAACAGGUGGUGUUUCCGGACAACCCCCAGCUAUUCUACAUUGGCAUGCAGAACCAGUUCUACACCCACCCCAUGUUCUGGCUCCAAGGUCACUUAUGUGCCAAAAUCAUAAAAGGCGAGUACAAGGUACCUUCGAGGAGUGAAAUGAUGAAGGAGAUAGCGGAGAAGCAGGAGGAGGAAAGUAAGCUGCGGGACUUUUUCGAGGGCAUCGACUUCCAGACGGCGCACGUGAACGAACUGGCCCAAAUCACAGGUAAGACCAAAUGCGACAUGAGUGAGCUGAUGAAACAGUGGAUCAGGGACAGAAACGAGGACAUCAAGACCUACAGAGAGCAGACCCACUUCCACUCCAUCUUCCGACCACCCACAGCCACUCCUGCUGCUGCUGCUGCUGCUGCGCAAAAGUGGGAGCUUCUCGGAGAAAUCUGAUCAUGAAGGAC